AUGGUGUGCUGGAACAUAUGGAGCCUAAGGAAUAACAUUGUCUGGAACAAUCAGAGGUUGGAAUCGGCAAGGAGCCUAAGGAAUAACAUUGUCUGGAACAAUCAGAGGUUGGAAUCGGCAAGCAGCUUGAUCUUCAAAACUAAGACCUAUUAUGCAGCUUGGCUUGCAGCAACGACAGAUAAGCAGCAGAACCAGAGGAAUAUCGCAGCUGUUGAUCGGUGGAUAAAACCACAACAAGGCUUCAUGAAGUUGAAUGUAGAUGCCGCCAUCAACAAGGAAGAAAGCUGUAUGGGGUUCGGUUGUGUUUUACGUGAUGACCAAGGAUGUUUCGUGGCUGCUAGAGGGGCUAAAUGGAGAGGUACAUACAUGGCCAAAGAGGCUGAAGCAAUGGCGAUACGAGAAUCCUUAACAUGGCUCAAAUAUGUCACUCUCAACAAAGUGGUAAUCGAGUUUGAUUCCUUACAAGUUGUCCAGAAUUAUCACUCUACUUCAGGAAAUUCUUACUUUCAUGUUAUUUUAGGUGAUAUUAAAAACUUAAUGAGCUUGUUUGCUCAAAGUAGUUUAGUGUUCACUAAGCGAUCUGCGAAUCAGGCGGCUCAUUUGUUAGCGGCAGUCUGUUUCUUUGUCUGA